UUGCACUGCUGGUAUCUGGACUCGUCUCGACUUACGAGUGUCAGGGGUAAUAAUUCAAGGCGCUCGGGCCGAGCGAGUGCUCGUUUUCGGGGCUUUCGCGGCAACAGCUGCGAAACGAGUCGAUUGUCAAAGCCGGGUCGGACCAAGCUAAGCGGCUGAGGCUUGCCGCGAUCGAAUCCGUCCUAUCGAUAGCAUUGGACCGAGCCAAGCGGCUGACAUGCAGUCCUCCGGAACCCACCUCCUCUCGUCCGCCGCGCGUUCCCCCGCGCUCUCCACGCUUUGCGGCAGAAUGCGCUGCAUAUGCUGCGCGCCGAGCGCGCUCCCCGCCGCCCCGUGCCUCUCCACUUCCCUCUCCGCCGCCCCCUCCGCUCCCGCGGCCUCGCGCGCGCGGAAAGGCACGCGCGCAUCCGCACAGAGCCUGCGGUCCGCGUUUCUCCCCCCCACCCUGGGAUUCCCCCGCAGCAGCAGCAGCCGGCAUUGGGGCCUCGGUGCAACCGCCCCCGCUACAAUCACCCUCCCUACAGUCCCCGCGGGCGCUACGGUGUUGGGCGGGGCCCCGGGGGCGGGGCACGUAGGGCGCGCGCGGAGGCUGGCGGUGGAGGCGCGGGGGAAGCGGAAGGGCGGGGAGGAGGGGGGCGCGGAGCAGGAGGGGGGGAAGUACAAGGGCACGGUGUGCCUCCCGCAGACGAGCUUCGGCAUGCGCGCCAAUGCGAGCACGAGAGAGCCGGAAAUUCAAAAGCUAUGGGAGGAGCUAGACGUGGCGAAGACACUGCUGGAAACUAACCCUGGGGAGCCCUUCACGCUGCACGAUGGGCCGCCCUACGCCAAUGGCGACCUGCACAUCGGCCAUGCGCUCAACAAGAUACUUAAAGACUUCAUCAACCGCUACCAGAUGCUGCAGGGGCGCAAGGUGAAGUUCGUGCCAGGCUGGGACUGCCAUGGGCUGCCCAUCGAGCUCAAAGUGCUGCAGUCGAUGGACAGCAAGGCCAGGCAGGGUCUGACGCCCAUCAAGCUCCGGAAAAAGGCUGCCCAAUUCGCAUUGAAGACCGUGGACAAGCAGCGGGAGUCCUUCAAGCGCUACGGCGUGUGGGGCGACUGGGCGCGCCCCUACCUGACGCUGCAGCCGGCGUACGAGGCGGGGCAGGUGGGCGUGUUCGCCCGCAUGUUCCUCAACGGCCACAUCUACCGCGGCCGCAAGCCCGUGCACUGGAGCCCCUCGUCACGGACAGCCCUCGCCGAGGCUGAGCUCGAGUACCCAGACGUGCAUGUGUCUCGCAGCAUCUACACCACCUUCCCCCUGCGCUCGCUCUCCUCCUCCCUCCCCCCAUCCCUCACUCCUCUCCUGCCCUCCCUGUCGCUCACCAUCUGGACCACCACCCCGUGGACCAUCCCCGGCAACGCUGCAGUCGCUGUCAACGAUAAGAUCUCCUACUCCGUCGCUGAGAUCGGCCCUCCUGCUCCUGCUGCUGCUGCUGAUGGUGCUGAUGGUAGUGCUAGUGGUGAUGAUGCUGUUACUGCUGCUGACCCUGCUCCCCCGUCGUUUGGCAAGGGCAAGAGAAACGCCGGCUCUCUCCUCUCCUCCCUUUGCUCCACUCCGUCUGCUGACACUCCUACCACGCGCUACGUCAUCGUGGCAACAGACCUCCUCCAAUCCCUGCAGGCCACGUGGCACUGCUCCCUCACCCCAGUCGCCACCUUCCUCGGGUCCCACCUCGAGGGCUCCACCUACCAGCACCCGCUGGACGGCAGAAUCUGUCCCGUAGUGGUGGGGGGGGAUUACAUCACGACAGAAUCCGGAACGGGAUUGGUGCACACGGCGCCGGGGCACGGGCAGGAGGACUAUGCGACAGGGCUUAAGUACGGUCUAGAGUUAAUCUCCCCUGUGGACGAUGAUGGGAGGUUUACGGGCGAGGCGAAGGGGGGGGAGUUUGAGGGGCUGAGCGUGCUGGGGGAGGGCAAUGUGGCGGUGAUGGCUGCUCUGGAUAGCAACAAGUCACUGCUGCUGGAAGAGGCUUAUGAGCACAAGUACCCGUACGACUGGCGCAGCAAGCAGCCCACCAUAUUCCGCGCCACGGACCAGUGGUUCGCCUCAGUGCAGGGCUUUAAACAGGAGGCGCUGGAGGCAAUCAGGGGAGUCAACUGGUUCCCCCCUCAGGGCGAGAAGCGCAUCACAGCCAUGGUGGAGGGGCGCUCCGACUGGUGCAUCUCCAGGCAGCGCUCAUGGGGCGUGCCCAUCCCCGCCUUCUACCACGCCGAGACGGGCGAGCCGCUGCUCACUGAAGAGACCAUCACACAUGUGCAAGCCAUAGUGGCAGAGAAGGGCAGUGACGCGUGGUGGGAGAUGGAGGUGGCGGACCUCCUGCCCCCUUCCCUGUGCGACCAGGCCCCCUUGUACCGCAAGGGCACCGACACCAUGGACGUGUGGUUCGACUCAGGCUCCUCCUGGGCCACUGUGCUCAACGGUGCCUCUGCCUCCGCCUCGGCCUCCAGCUCCGGCUCAGAUACCAGGGGUGCUGUUUCUGAAAGCGCAUCGGGUGCUGAGUCUAAGACACUGAUUUCCGAGUCCCAGGGGCUCAACUUCCCCGCGGACCUGUAUCUGGAGGGCAGCGACCAGCACCGCGGAUGGUUCCAAAGCUCGCUGCUCACGGGCGUGGCGGCGGCCGGCACUGCUCCGUACAAGGCGGUGCUGACGCACGGGUUUGUGCUGGACGAGAGGGGCAUGAAGAUGAGCAAGUCCGUGGGGAACGUGGUGGAUCCGCUGACAGUCAUCAACGGGGGGAAGAACCAGAAGACGGAGCCAGCCUAUGGAGCAGACGUGCUGCGGCUGUGGGUGGCGUCAGUGGACUACUCGGGGGACGUGGUGAUCGGGCCCAACAUAGUGAAGCAGAUGGGGGAUGUCUACCGGAAGCUCAGGGGCACGCUGCGGUUCAUGCUGGGCAACCUGCACGACUAUGAGCCCUCGGAAGCAGUCCCCUAUGUGCAGCUCCCAGCUCUGGACCGCUACGCCCUGCGCCGCUUGGCGGAUGUGAUGGGGGAGGUGCAGCAGAGCUACGAGGACUUCCAGUUCUACCGCUUCUACCAGCUCAUCCAGCGCUUUGCAGUCGUGGACCUUUCAAACUUCUACUUUGAUGUCUGCAAAGACAGGCUCUAUGUGGGCGGCCAGGGCUACCUCACAAGAAGGGCGUGCCAGACGGUGCUAGCCCACCACCUCUCCGCCUUCCUAGCAGCCAUUGCCCCCGUGCUGCCCCACAUGGCUGAGGACGCCUGGCAGAACCUUCCCAACAACUUCCCCCGGCCGUCCCCCUCCGUCUUCCAAAUGCCGUGGCCGAAGCCGGAAGCUGAUUGGCUGUCGUUCGGCGAUGCUGACCUGGCGACAUGGGGCACACUCAUCGAGCUGCGCUCCGAGGUCAACAAGGUGAUGGAGCGCGCACGCAUGGGCAAGCUCAUCGGCGCCAAUCUCGACGCAGCCGUGUACCUGCACACGCCCAGCGCCUCCCUCGCCUCCACCCUCCUAGCACUCUCCGACUCCCCUGCUUCCGGCAACGGAGCAGCAGCCACAGGAGAGGCAGCAGCAGCAGCAGCAGCAGCAGCGGAGGGGGUUCAGACCUCAGGGGCAAAGGGAGCAGAGGAGCUUCAAGCCGUGGACAACCUUCGCACCGUCUUCCUCUCCUCGCAGGUCCACAUCCUCCCCUCUGAGUCCGACCUCGCCCCUCUGGGUCUCGACUUUUCAUCAGACGUGGAGGUGCAGUGGGGGGGGGAGCCCACACGUGUGCUGGUGGGAGUGGGCAGGGCAGACGGCAGCAAGUGCGAGCGCUGCUGGAACUACUCUGAGCGGGUUGGGUCGUUUGCAGAGCACCCCACCCUGUGCUCCCGCUGCCAUGCCGUUGUGGCUGACCUUGUUGUCAUGGCGUGAGGCAGAGGCUGCUCUCACACAGAGAUGACAACGCAACAGCGGAUCUUCAUGCCUGCGCUAUUGGCUGUAGACUGGUUGGUUAGUUAGCAGACAAUACUUGAACGAUCCUGCAAGGUUGUUCUUUACAAAUCUGGCAUCAGCGCUUUUCAGAAAGUGCAUGGUAGUGCAGGGCACCACUCGUCGUCACAUGAUAGGAAUGGCAGUGCGAAGUAGAUCGCUUGAGCAAGAAAUAACAUGAACCUGUGCACGUGCCUAGAUUGCACGCGCCUAGAUUGCACGUGCCUAGAUUGCAAAACUGCUUCACCACCGUAUAUCUGGCAUCAGCAAUAUUCAGCUGGUGCAUGGUAGAACAGUGCACUACA